AAAUUGAGGAGACAGAUAAAGCAUCUGUGUGGGGGAGCUGGCAGCUGGCUAGAUUUUUUAACCAUAACUGUGUUUUGUAAUCAUGAAUGUAGGUGAUUAUGCAUCACGGGAUUAAAUUGUCUAUUUGGAAUAUAAAUGAAAGAUUUUUUUUUUUUUUUUUUAAUGAAGUCCACAAAAUGAUUCAAUUUUUUUUCUUUCUUUAAUGAGGCAUGAAUUCCGUUUUUGCAGAGGCAAUAAAAUGUAAGCUGGACAACCAUAAAGGAAGGCUUUAUUGAAAACAGAAGCUACAUUUCUAUGCAAUGGAAAGGCAUUUCUUAAUUAAUAAACUCAUCAGAUUUCAGUUGAAUCACUAAAAUCAACCUAAAAAUAAUGUUUCUAAGGAAAAUAUCUGGGAUAUUCCCAGCUGGCUUUGGACUUCGACUUUCUCAAAAAUUUAUAUUUCUUUUGUUUUUAUCUGGCUUCAUUACGCUUUGCUUUGGGACUUUGUUCCUCUUACCAGAUACAUCAAAAUUUAGGAGGAUAUUUUUAUCUAGUACGCAGAACCAGAAUGUAGAAAAAUUACAUAGUUACGCUGGGAAGAAAAUAAACAAGAAAACAGUGGAAGACCAAAAGUCUGUACUAAAGAGUACAAACCAUGGGAAAUCCAAAGAUAAAUUUGAAGCAGGGGAGAAACCCCUUGGAUUUAUAGCCAAUCGUGAUAAACUGGGUGAAAACCAAGAUGUUUUCCUGAACAAUGAGCAUGUGGUGAUUAAUGUAAAAAGCAAAGAAAGUGUGAUUCCUACAGAUCAAAGGAAACCAUCUCAAUUUCAGUUUGAUUAUAAAGCUUUUCAAAAAACUCUUAAAUAUCCACCACUGGGUUACAAGCGUGAACCAGAUGGUUCUGAAAUACAGGAAAAAAGGAACAAGGUCAAAGAGAUGAUGAAAUUUGCAUGGUACAGUUACAAACAAUAUGCUUGGGGUGAAAAUGAACUGCGCCCAUUGACCAAGGAUGGACACUUUGGAAGUCUGUUUGGAGGACUGAAAGGAGCUACAAUAGUGGAUGCAUUGGACACACUUUACAUCAUGGAGUUGAAGGAAGAAUUUGCAGAUGCAGAGAACUGGAUAGAGAGCAGUCUUGACCUGAAUGUGAACGGUGAAGCCUCUUUGUUUGAAGUGAACAUUCGAUAUAUAGGAGGAUUGCUCUCAGCCUACUUUCUGUCAGGAAAAGAGGUCUUCAGAGAAAAGGCUAUAAGUCUUGGAAAGAAAUUGUUGCCAGCAUUUAGCACGCCUACUGGUAUCCCACGUGGAAUCAUCAACCUUGGGAAUGGAUUGAACUGGAGUUGGGGCUGGGCCUCCGCAGGAAGCAGCAUUUUGGCUGAAUUUGGCACUUUGCACUUGGAAUUCCUGCAGCUCAGUGAAUUAUCUGGAAACACAGUUUUUACCGAAAAGGUUAAUACCAUAAGGAAAGUAUUAAACAAAAUGGAAAAGCCUCAUGGACUCUACCCUAAUUACUUCAGUCCGGUCAGUGGAAACUGGGUCCAACACCAUGUGUCACUUGGAGGACUUGGUGACAGCUUCUAUGAAUACUUAAUCAAGUCUUGGCUGAUGUCAGCGAAACAAGACGACGAAGCCAAGAGCAUGUAUUAUGAAGCCGUGGAGGCAAUAGAAGCACAUCUUAUCAGAAGGUCUCCUGGGGGUCUCACAUAUAUUGCUGAAUGGAGAGGAGGAAUUCUGGACCACAAAAUGGGACAUCUAACCUGCUUUUCUGCAGGAAUGUUGGCUCUUGGAGCCAAUGAUGCACCAGCAGAGAAGAAAGAGCAUUACAUGGAGGUAGCUGCAGAGAUUGCUCACACAUGCCAUGAAUCUUAUGUACGUACAGAGACCAAGCUUGGGCCUGAGGUUUUCAGGUUUGACUUUGGAGCUGAAGCCACAUCCACUCGAUUAAGUGAAAGAUAUUACCUAUUGCGUCCAGAAGUGGCGGAGAGUUAUCUGUACUUGUGGAGAUUGACACAUAACUCCAAAUACAGGGAGUGGGGUUGGGAGAUUGUACAGGCCUUAGAGAAGCAUUGCAGAAUUGAAAGUGGAUUUUCGGGCAUUAGAGAUGUUUACGCGGCAACUCCAAACUAUGACAAUGUUCAGCAAAGCUUUUUCAUGUCGGAAACAUUAAAAUACCUCUAUUUGCUGUUUUCUGAAGAUGAUUUGCUAUCAUUAGAAGACUGGGUUUUCAAUACAGAAGCACAUCCGCUACCAAUAAUUCAUCUAAAAUUAGUUUGAAGCACAAACUAUACACAUCUGUUUAGUGUUUGUAUAUGAAGUUGAAACUUUCAUACAAAAAUAUAUUUUAUGAAAUACCAGAAAUUGAACAAACAUACAGCAACAAAUUAUCUGAUUUGUUAAAUUCAGCACUAAAAGAAACAGUGGCCUUUAGCAGACAAUUCUGCCAUUAGUACAGUUUUAUAAAUAGUAUUCUUACUGUAUUCGGAUGCAUACAUGAUAGAUGUUUCUUCU